AUGUCGCUGUUCUCCGGAGUUGCCAAAUUGUUGAAUCCUUUCACGUGGCUACACUGCAAUAAGAAGACAGAACCUCCUCCACAAUGUGAAUACGAACUUCAGGAAGAUGAUUCGUUUCCGGUGGAGGAAGAGACUCCGUCUUCACAAUUACCCUUGGAAAGUGACAUGGAAAAUCUGCAAGGAGAAGGCGAUACUGCUCAUAUUCAUAUUGAUGAUGAGGUGGCGUCUAUAGAGCAGGGAUCAGAAUUGCGUGUGAUUACGCCUACUGGAGAAAUUGUCGAGCCACAGCCUGCUAUGGAAGGCAUUACAUUAGAAGCAGUGCAGGACCAAGCUGCAAUGGGUGAGAGAAACUCAAAUUAUGAAGCGACGAUGUUACCAACAGCUGCUGACAGCUACAAAAAUGAUGGAGCUAGAAGCAAUGAUGAGUAUUACAUGGUGUCCUCCCAAACAGGUGCUGAAUACUUGGAGGACUCUGUCGUGAUUAUAGAACAACCCAAGAUCAUUGGAGUAUUUGGAGAACCAACCGUGUAG